GCGAUUACGUGUCUUCUAAGGACGGCCAGUGUCGUUGGGGUAUAUAUAAAAGAUUACAGCCACCCAGAAAUCUCGUGUGUGUUCUGUGACACGUCGAAGGCGCGAUGAAAACGGAAUUCAAGUAUCUGACAGGCUUUGGCUGUGAGUUUUCUACCGAAGACGAACGUUGCCCAGCUGCUCUGCCCGACGGUCAAAACAAUCCCCAAAAAUGUCCUUACGGGCUGUACGCCGAACAGUUGUCCGGUACAGCGUUCACUGCUCCACGGUCUCAAAACAAACGUUCUUGGCUCUAUCGAAUCAGACCGUCCGUCGUACACAAACCGUUCGCGCCCAUCAACGCUAACACUCGUCUCGUCUACGAUUGGGACGCGAUUCCUCAGAUGCCGAACCAGCUAAGAUGGAAACCGUUCGACGUGCCGAGCAGACAAGCUGCCGAGGUAGAUUUCGUUGAUGGUUUGCACACUCUAUGCGGUGCCGGUGAUUUUCGUACUCGACAGGGUGUCGCGAUUCACGUCUACCUCUGCAACGCCUCCAUGAGAGAUAAGGCUUUAUACAACGCGGACGGAGAUUUCCUUAUCGUGCCUCAAUUAGGCGCAUUGGUGAUAACCACGGAAUUUGGGAAAAUUCGUUGUGAACCGAACGAGAUAUGCGUAAUUCAACAAGGUAUGCGAUUCAACGUUACCGUUUUCGGACCGUCCCGUGGAUACAUCUUGGAGGUGUUUGACGAUCACUUCCAGCUUCCAGAAUUGGGUCCGAUAGGAGCGAACGGUUUGGCGAACCCGCGAGAUUUUCAAACGCCAGUCGCUGUUUACGAAGAUCGAGAAGUCGAUUACGAGAUUGUGUGUAAGUAUCACGGCAAGCUGUACGUCGCGAAACAAGACCACAGUCCGUUCGACGUGGUAGCCUGGCACGGAAAUUACGUCCCCUACAAAUACGACCUCGACAAAUUCAUGGUCAUCAAUACGGUUUCCUUCGAUCAUUGUGAUCCUUCGAUCUUCACCGUUUUGACGUGUCCAUCGGGAAAAGCUGGCACCGCGGCGGCCGAUUUUGUGAUAUUCCCUCCUCGAUGGUCCGUGCAGGAGCACACUUUUCGUCCCCCGUAUUAUCACCGAAAUUGUAUGAGCGAGUUUAUGGGCCUGAUUAAGGGACGAUACGAAGCUAAAGAGGAUAGCUUUCAUCCAGGCGGUGCAUCGUUGCACUCUAUUAUGACGCCUCAUGGACCGGAUACGCGUUGUUUCGAAACCGCCUCGAAUUCUGAGCUUAAACCCGAACGCAUCGCAGAUGGAACUCAAGCUUUUAUGUUUGAGACGUCGUACAGUUUGGCGAUAACCGAAUGGGCAGCGAAAGUUUCCAACAAAUUGGACGAUGAUUAUUACAGGUGUUGGGAAGGUCUGAAAAAACACUUCACUCCGUACGGAGAAAAUGUCUAGAGACCACCGAUGAUUUUUAUCGUUUAUCAUAUUGUAUGUACGUAUAUUCAACGUUAUUCCUUAUCUCCUUUCAAUUUCUCUUCUUAUUUUUAUUGUCUAAUAAAGACGACAAAGUUUA